AUGCCCAAGCCAAUUGCAAUCAUUGCCGGCGCUGGCCCCGGAACUGGCAGUGCUGUCGCCCGCCGCUUUGCCCUAUCUUACCCUGUGGUUUUACUUGCUCGAUCGCAACAGUCGCUAGACCCCUUGGUGGACGACAUCACACAGAAUGGCGGCUCCGCCAUGGGCAUCCCCACCGAUGUGACGAGUGCUGCGAGCAUGGGAUUGACAAUGGACAAAAUCAAGAACAAGUUCGGACCGGAGAUCACAGUCGCGGCAGCAAUCUACAAUGUCGCGAGCAAAUUUUCAAUGAAACCUUUUCUGGAACAAAAGCCAAGAGAAUUUAUUGAAAUGUUGGAGCCCUCGAUCAAGGGUGCAUUUAACUUCGCUCAGGCCACACUGCCUUACAUGUUGAACGGUGACCAGGGACAGUACCCUCCCACACUCAUUUUCACUGGCGCCACGGCUUCACUCAAAGGUAGCUCUGGGCUAUCCGCGUUUGCCAUGAGUAAGUUCGGAACUCGUGCUAUGGCCCAGUCUCUGGCGCGUGAGUUCGGGCCCAAGGGUGUCCAUGUCUCUCAUGCUAUUAUUGAUGGAAUUAUCGACACCGAGAAGACCAAGAGCUUCGGCCAGAACGCUCCGGAUGCGAAAAUCGACCCACAAGGGAUUGCGGACUCUUACUGGCAUUUGCACACACAACCCAGAAGUGCGUUUACUCACGAGAUUGACAUUAGGCCCUUCUCCGAGAAGUGGUGA